AUGCAGCUCGAAGAGCCCGAGUUCCACGAGGUGGUCGUGGUCGGUGCCGGUGUGGCGGGCUUGCGUUGUGCCAGCCAACUGGUGCAUGUGCAGGGCGUGAACGAUGUCCUGGUUGUCGAGGCGUCGGACCGUGUGGGCGGCCGCGUGAUGAGCAACACAAGCUUUCUUCCGGGCAUGAGCAUCGAUGUCGGCGCUGAGAUCCUGCACGGUGGCAACACGACGCUCACGAGACUGGCUGAAGAGCUGCGCAUUGGUUUGCGUGAAGUGUUCACGUGGGCUCAGGGCGACGGUGGUCCAACUGGUCCAGCUCCGGACGGUGGUAUUGGCUACUACUACAUCGGCGACCAGAAGCGUAUGCUGAAGUACGACGAUGAAGACGAAGAGUUCGUCAAGUUCAACUCGUCGAUCACCCGGUUGAGUGAAAUGGAAAACAUCUGCCAGAUCCCGCCCGAGAAGUCCAUGAGGGACUACUUUGGUGAGGUCGGUCUGUCUUCAUCAAUGAUGAAGCUGUGUGAGGCAGGAUACGCAAACACGGCCGGCGGUUCACUUGACGAGAUUUCCAUGCGCACCACCUGCCGGUACGAAAAGCAGUGGAUUGAGCUUGAGGAUGAAGGUGACUAUCGUGUUGUGCCGAGCUUCAUGCGAUUUGUCGAGCACUUCGCCAGCGGCGUGACGACUCGGCUCCAUUGGCCCGUGAAAAGUGUGGACUACUCUCGGAGUGACCGCAUUUUGGUCACUGACGUAUCGGGUCGUCAGCUAUCAUGCCGUUUGCUGGUUGUCACUGUGUCUACUGCUGUGUUCUCAAAGAUCGUCUACACACCGGCUCUUCCUGAGGUCAAGAUCAAGGCUGUGAACUCAUUCGGCAUGCGUCGUGCCGGCAAGGUGUUGCUGCACAUGUCUCGUCGUUUCUGGCCCGAAGAUGCACAUGGUGUCGUGUGCUCGGACUGCUUCCUGCCUGAGUUCUGGUUCAACAGCACACAAGGUAUCGGCCACCUGAAGUCCAACGGUGACACACUUUGCACUGGGGUGGAAGCGAACGACCUUGACGAAGGCGAAACGCAGUACCUCAUCACGGGUUUUGUUAGUGCAGAGUAUGCUGAAAGCUUCGUGGACAUGCCGCAUGAGGAGAUUAUUGAGGGCUUUCUCGACCAGCUCGACAUGAUGUACGGCAUGGUGGACGAACCGUGCCCCGCGCACACGUUCUUUGUGAAGGGGAUGUACAAAGACUUUGGAGAUGAACCGUGGAUUGGUGGAGGAUACGCUUUUCCCCGCGUGGGUCAGUCUGACUCGGCUUCGCAGGACCUCGCUGCGCCUGUAGAUAACCGUGUGUUUUUUGCUGGGGAAGCCACAGCGUUUGAACAACCUGGAAUGUCCGUGCACGCUGCUGUCGACACUGGGACGCGUGCAUCUACACAGGUUGCAAGCGCGCUUCAGGGGCAGCGCGCAUAG